UCUCUCACAAACAAAUGAGCUCCGGAUCGAAAUCUGUUCGCAACUGACAAUAUUAUUAUUUUGUCAAACGAAUACUUCUUUAUCCUAGAUCUGUACCAUGAUUCAAAUAAUAGUCCUAAUGCAACAGUUACAUUUAAAAAUUUAAGGUUUCUUUUCUUUAUUUUAUUAAUCUUUCUAAAAUGUUGAUGUGAGGAAAAUGUAAAUUUUCAUCUCGUUAAACUUGCUGAAAGGUUUGACAUUAUGACCCGUACCCAUAUUGUAUAUUUUGGUGGCUGAUUAUUUUUUUGGAAGUGAAAUCUCAUUUAUAAUGUGGACGCGAUUUACACUCAAGUUUCUCCUCGGUGUAUUAGCUGCGAUUGAAGUUCACCUUGCCCCAGAAGAGCUGUGUCCUCGACAAGAGCCCCUUCCUGGAGUCUUGGUCUUGAAGUUAGGAAGCAAUGUUGUGUUUGGCUGCAGAGGCGAUAUCACUGUGGACGGUGUGCCGUUGGCUUCGGCCAGUGUCAUGAAUAAAAAAUACAGAACCAAGCAGAGAGAAGACAUCACUGUCAGCUGGACAUCCCAAAAAGGUUAUGCUAAUGCUACACAGCUAACCAGUAUGAAGGGAAAUGCUACAACUGGGACAUACCAAAAGACUGAUUCUGCUAUGUAUACCAAAGCUAAAGGGGACACAACGGUCACCGUUAAACCACCUGUAACCAUAAGAAAGGAACAAACCACUUCUAGACGUGUUUUGCGUGCUGUCACUCAAACUACUGGACAGGAGGAAGAGGUCUUUGGUAUCACCAUGGGGACAGAUUUUGAGCAAGAUGAUUAUGAGGACUAUGAUUAUGAAGAGGAACGGUCCAGGGUGACAAGAGGCAUCAAAAAGCGAACACGCUGGACUCUAAAUGGACGACAGGUGCAUGCUGGAGUGGAAAGGGGAGGGAUUUUAAGACGGCCUCAUCUCAGCUGGGCAGAUGCUGGGAAUUACAGCUGCUACAGAGGAGAGAGACUCAUUUCCACAGUCAGAAUCAGCAUAGGGGUCAACCAGAUACUGGAGUACACCGCCCCAGCGUCGAGAGUAGAGCAGUUCUCUGACCUGAUACGCCUCCUCGUCGUCGACCAGAAUGGGUGGAGGCGCCUGGACCUUGGCUCCCUCAUUCUCCUGACCCUCUCUCGGACCACCAGCGGGUUUCAACAGCGAGACAUGAAAUUGUUUGGCAACGUCACUCGUGUGCCUUGUUCAUUCUCCCGCUCCCGCUGUUGGUGUGUUUUUCACGUGGAGGAGGGUGACAGAGUUCUCCAUGCAGCAAAACUGUGCGUGUCUAACACAGCAGGCAGUGCCAUGAGCCCUUACCUCAGCUUCAAGCUGCACGACAUCAUUAAGCCAGACCCUCCGACCCGAGUGGUGGUGAGAGCAGUCGAGGGCCAGAAGCAUAUGCUUAAAGUAUCCUGGUCGUAUCCCAGUUCCUGGAAGCAUGGCUUCUAUGCCUUGCAUUUCCAGCUGAGAUACCGACCACAACUCAAAGAGCAGUAUCAGUCAGUGCUGAUAGAUGACAGGACGGACAGACAAGUGUCCUGGACGAUUUAUGAUGCUCUGCCACACAUUCAGUAUGAAGUGCAGCUCCAGGCCAAGGAUGACUUCGACGGCCUCUGGAGUGAUUGGACUGACACGGUCUAUGCAGUCACUUGGACAGCUCCUGAGACGACUACUACCUCUGAGAGCAUUACUUUGGAGCCCCUUGAGAUGUUUCCUGAAGGUUCAGGAGGAUCUGGAGAAGACCCUUGUGUAGGUUCAGUGGCAGUAGAUGGAGCUGAUGAUAUUGAAUAUGCUACAGUGUGGCUGUAUGUGUCAUGUGUUUUUGGGCUGUGUUUUCUUGUAGUCUUCACCAUGCUCACAGUCUGCUUACACAGGAAUAGGCUGCAUUUCAUGUCUAGAAUAGGAAAACAGACUUUGCCCUUUGCAUUCUUCCUUCAUUCGCCUCGACCUCUUCCUGCUCCUGUUCACUCUGAGCAGCUUCCAGAGGAGGGAAAGUCACUGAUGUCUCCUCCCAAACACAGCCAGCAAGACUUCCUUCCUGUUCAGCAAGAGGGCAUUCAUCUGCAUAACAUGGAUUAUUUCCUGUCUCCAGGCACGGAGGGUGUGCCAUGGACCAUAGACAGACAUGACUAAACAGAAGAAAAAUACUGUGAUAGACUAAGAAUCACAGACAGGGUUUUGUAUUCAGUAACAGUAUUGUGAGUGGAAAAACUCAAUGUUGAGUGUUAUUGUAUAGACAAAGUAAUUAAUCUUGUCCUACAUUAUUUUUGACUACUAUCAGAACCAUUUGUAAAUAAGAAUUUUGUAAAAAAAAAAUGCCUGCCAUCUGUUGACCAUGCCAAUCUCAUAUGUGAAGCUAAAGCACUCUUAUAAGUAGCUCUGAAUAUAAGUGUCUGCUAAAUGCCUUACAGGAAUGUUAAGAUAAU